AUGACUUCCGGAGAGGGUCGAGACACCGCAGAGGAUAUUUUGGCAACCGUCCAACGUAAUGAUAUCUAUGUCUUCGAUCUCGUUGCCGCACAGGCUCAGAUAACACCAUCAUCACAGGCCAUUGCUACUACCUGCGAGUCUCUUACAUACCAAGAAUUGAUGCGGCGUACUUCUUACAUGUCUAAGACCUUGCAGAAUGCUGGUCUUUGA